GAUGGCAGUCUAAUCCGGAAGUGGAACUGAAGUGUUAUUUGUACGUCGCUGGGGGAAAAUGACAGAACAGAGAUGUGAUUGUUCUGUUCUGCCUUCGACACAAGUGGACUGUUGGCUCAUAUCAGCGAGUUAACGGUGAAGAUAAGGAGCCGCCAAGCUGUCCGAGACACGGAAUGUUGAGUCGAACGGAGUCAGCUUUUUCGUGAAUCUCACGACGCUGCGGGGCUGGUUAACUACCAGAAACCAGCCUGUGGUUGGUGUUUCUCUUCUUUUCAGCUCGCAUUGUUCGGACUGUUCAGAUAUUUUUUCGUAAAGCUGCUCAAUCGGUUUGAAGCGACACCGGUGAUUGAGACGGACACGUCAGCUAUCCGUAUUCCUCGACACUAGCACGAGAGUCUUCCACAGGUAACCAUGGCUCCAAUGGGUAUCCGGCUGUCACCUCUCGGUGUGGCCGUGUUCUGCCUGCUUGGACUCGGUGUCAUCUACCACUUAUAUGCCGGAGUCCUCUCCAACCGCAUUUCUUUUUUCAGGCAGCCGAAGAAGGUGGAUCUGACAGACCUGCUGGCUGUCUCAAUUGAAGCUGCAAGAAUGGGUGGUAUAGAGGUGAAAAAAGUUCGUGAUGAUAACACUCUGGAGGAGAAGGCGAAGGGUGAGACGAGAGAGGGAGCCAAAGAGCUUCUGACUCAAGGCGACAUGCACUCUCACAGAAAGAUGUUUAACUUCAUAAAGAACACGUUUCCUGACAUCACGGUUCACAGUGAGGAACGCGACAACAGCGCAGACUCGGUUAGCUGGAACCAGGAGAUUCCAGCUGAUAUCCUAACCAAGGUCAAAAAAGGUCACGAUGUUCCUGCUGAGAGCAUCACUGUUUGGAUCGAUCCUCUGGAUGCAACUCAGGAGUACACAGAAAACUUGGUUAAGUUUGUAACCACUAUGGUGUGUGUAGCUGUCGACGGUAAACCUGUUAUUGGGGUCAUACACCAGCCAUUCACGGACUUUACUGCCUGGGGCUUUGUGGAUCAGGGAUCAAACAUGCGACCCAGGAAGUCCUACAGCAUCGUCUCGCCAAAGGUGAUCGUAUCACGCUCUCAUUCUGGAGAAGUCAAGAACCUUGCCAGGAACGCUUUUGGAAACACAACAGUAAUCCCAGCCGGCGGAGCAGGAUACAAGGUCCUGUCACUGUUGGAGAUGCCUUCAAAUGAAGAAAACAAUAUUGAUCAAGCAGAUGUUUACAUCCACAUCACCUUUAUUAAGAAAUGGGACAUUUGUGCUGGUGCUGCACUAUUGAAGUCACUUGGAGGUCACAUGACCACUCUGAAGGGAGAGGACAUCGACUACAGUGGAACUCCUCUCAAUACAGGUGGGCUAGUGGCCACUGUAGGUUUGGAUCACAAGGCUGUCCUGGAGAAACUACCGGAGUGGGACCCUGAAAAGCACUGAGACACAAAAACACAGAAUCGCUGGAGGCUGAGCCGCCCUGUGGUGAUGCUGCAGCCAUUUCCUGUUCCUACAAACUGACUCUGAACAUUAAAGACAUGCGGGGUUGGGUUUCACCAACAUGGGCAGGACAGUGGAUCCGCACAACAGCUCUGAAUUCACACGCUUGCAUCAGCUUGGAGACAUGCCACAUCCUCAAGAACUUAUCUAAAAACACACACAGUGACCGACUUCCUCUCCUUUUACAACCUAAAACUCUAUUAAACAGGUUAUUCCAAAAAGACAUCAUCUUUCAUUACUCAUUCUUAAACUAGACUCUUUGAGCUCAAACAAGUAAAAUAAUAAAGUAAUUUAGAAAUGAUUCGCCAAGUUAAAACAAAGCUCUGAGGGUGAUCGAGUCUCCCUCAGCUGAACACUGAUUACAUCACAUGCUCCGUUUAAUAACAACUUAUAGGAACAGACAUUUUUUCUAGAUGCCAUCAUACUCUUUAUUUAUUUCCCCCGACAUGAAUGAAGCACAAUUUAUCUACUAGAACUGUCUGCAAAGCGGUGAAGCAGCGUGGGUGCUGCAGGACUCGGUAGUGGCGAGAAACGAGGUGGAUCUUCUGUGUUUAUCCUGAACUUAAACACUGGACACACUUUUCCUUUUGGAGCGACUCUUCAAGCAAAAGAGUUUGAUGCCUUUGGAAUCAUCUUCCUUUUAAUUCAGCAACGACCCAAUCACGAGGCAGAAUCCAAGCUGGAGCCCAGUUCAGUAUCCUUUCAUGUCUUCUAAAGUCCAGACAACAAGCCGGUGUCCUCUCCUGAGCAUGCACACAUCCUGUGAAAUGUGCCGUUUCAUUUUAGAUUUCUACUAAAAGGAAGUUUAGAUACUGUUGGACACUUCUGGAGGGAAAAAGCAACCCUUCUCGUCUGUACUUGAUUAGUUUGAAUGAAAACGUCCCUGAACGGGCGAGCAAGUGUUUCUGAUAACUGCUGUGUGUCGUUCUGCACUGUGAGGCUGUAAUAACGGAGUCCGUUUAACUUGAUCCAGUGAAAUUAGACUUUGCUUUUUGGGUUUUGAACCAUAAAAACACUGCAAGAAAACCCAGCUAUAAUCAGAAAUGAAAACCAUGUCUAAUUUGCUGCAUUUAGCUUCUUAUUUGCUAAAUUUAGCUUUUAGAAUUUGAGUGCCUUUGAUUUGGGAGCAAAACUGGUCAGUUACUAUGGUGAUACGGAUAGGUUUGAAAAUUGAGUUGGAUAUAAAAACAUAAGUUAAAUAAAUAAUAAAUAAAUAAAUAUAUUUGAGAGGUGAGGAGACAGGAUGUUAAAAACACUUUGGAGACUUUUUCUGUGUAAUUGUUUUGCAUGGAGGUGUGUUGUAGGCUCUUCUUUUUUUAAACGUGUUGAGUCUGAAAACUGCAAAUUUCAGAACGAACGCAAAAAAUAAGAUGAAUGCUUCUCAUCCUCUUGUCAAAACUCCCGGCUGCAGAAUUUCCAAUCGCCAAAGAAAAUGCUGCAAAUGUGAAUUGUGUGUCCUGGUUUUUGAAAAAGUGAACUGAUGUUCACCUACGUCUCAGAGUUCAUCUACAGAAAAAGCACAGAUGAAACGGUUCCACACACGUAGUUGAGCCAGUGCUCUAAGUAUGUUGGUAGCUUUCUAGUGUUUAUUUCUAGAAUCGACAAAACUGCCUGUGAUUCCUCCUUUGGGACUCCUUUAACACAUCUCAUGCUUCCAUGUUUGCUUCUGUUCUGCAUGGCUAAUCUCACAUCCUCGUCUACCUCUCCACCCAGGGUGAACUCGUUUAACUGUCGGGACACGUGAUCCACACGUGUUGCUUUUGUAUGUUUGCAUUGCAAGAUGUGACAUUUAGGAUCAGUAACUGCUAAAACAAAAGCUAAUCUUUCUGAUCAUGAAAAAUGACUGCGCUUAAAAUCAAUCCUGCCUUAAAGCAGCAGAGCGGUAGGUAGAGGCCUUCAGAACAACCUUUUUUAAGUUAAAGAUGUUUCAUAGAAAAAUGUGAACCAAUUCAAACAGAUUCAGUUCCUUUGAUAAACAGCUUGUUGUGCAGCUUCUCUGUGACGUUCAUCCUGCUUCUGCUGUGAAUUUCCAAUAAACCGUGCGUGCAUGAUGCUACAA